CAACCCCACCCCUCCUUUCCAUUUCGUUUCGGUUCCGAGCAAGCAAUAAGAUGAGAACCACCCCAUUUUGCAAGAGACACACUCCACUCCUGGCCUUUGCCUACCUCUGCGCGGCAUCGCACCCCGGUGCCCAUGCCCAUGCCAAUGGCGUCGGCAUCGUCGUCGGCGUUGCACAAAACCCACCGGUGAACUACGUCCCCGCCCGGAUCUCCUUUGCGGAGCUGCUGCCCUCCGAGCACGGAACCAACGCAGGCGACGAAAACGACGUCUUCUGGAAGGCCCUCCGCGAGGUCGGGCUGGUCUCCAUCACCGACGUACCGAACCUGGGCAAGCAAGCCAUGAUGGCCGACCUCGGGGAAUGCCUCGCCACCACCGCCAGGGGCGCCGAAGGGCUCCACACCGAGGGUUUUGCCGACGUGGGAAUCGACGGCUUCCACCGCCGCCGGACGCUCGCCAUGCAUACCCUGGCCGGAUCGGGGGAAGGCCUCUUUGCGGAAAGGGACCCCUCUCCCGCCUGCGCAGCCCUUGCCGAAUCGAGCCGGCCCUUUCGGGAAKGGGUCGAAAAAGUGUUGGGGGCGAUCGCGGAACGGUUCGCCCUUGUGCCCAGCUCUUUGGCCGCAGCCGGCGAAGGCGACGGGGCCUUUCUCUCCGCCGACCGCCUCAUCCACGAGGGGGAGCACCUGGAGCACUUUCACUCGUACUACCCGCAGUCGCAAGCGGGAAAAGGCAGCGGUUCCCAAACCAAAGACAAAGACAAAGCCAAUACCAAAACCAUCGAGUGGCACACCGACCAGGGCAUGAUGCUCGUGUUUGCCCCCGGCCAGCGAACCGAUGGAUCGUCCACCGGUGGAUUCCUCGUCCGGUUGUCGGACGGAUCCACCGCGGAGCUCGACCUCGACCCGUUCGUCGACGACCUKGUGGUGAUGCUGGGGGACGGCGUCCACCAAUACAUCAACCAGAGCGGCAACGGCAGCAUCCAAGGCCUCCGCUCCGUCCCCCACGCCGUCUCGCUCGACCGAAACGAUAGUGCCCAGAGGCUCUGGUACGGCCGCAUGGUCCUCCCGCCCCCGGGGGCGGUCCAUCCCUCUUCCGCCGCGGCGAACACCUUCGGGGAGCUCCGGGCCGCAACGAUCCGGGGAGACCCCUCCGGCCUCGGCUGCUCCUCGCCGACCGCGGUGGUCUCCCGGGGCCUUGCCGGCGACGGACACGAGGACCCCGGCGAGUGCGACGAGGCGACGUCGAUGUUCUGCUGGAUGAGGUGCAUGGACUACGAGGAGUACGGCGCGAGCCCGGAGAUCUGCGGGGCCGGCAACCUUGCCUGUGCCAACGAGGAGUACGGCGCGAGCCCGGAGAUCUGCGGGGCCGGCAACCUUGCCUGUGCCAACGCGGACGGGGAGCCCUGGGCGAAGGGCGUCCACGACCCGUCGUACAAGCUGCGGUGCCUCGGAAGCGCCGAAGCCGACACCAACGCCACCGCUUCCGCCGGAGACGAACCGGACGGCGAAACGAUGGAGAUGGAUUCCAGCGGGGCAAAGGACCGCGGAACAACGGCUUUUGGAUUCCUUGUUGCGGUGGUGGCGGCCACGGCCGGGGGANACGAGGAGUACGGCGCGAGCCCGGAGAUCUGCGGGGCCGGCAACCUUGCCUGUGCCAACGCGGACGGGGAGCCCUGGGCGAAGGGCGUCCACGACCCGUCGUACAAGCUGCGGUGCCUCGGAAGCGCCGAAGCCGACACCAACGCCACCGCUUCCGCCGGAGAUGACGGAGACGAACCGGAAAGCGAAACGAUGGAGAUGGAUUCCAGCGGGGCAAAGGACCGCGGAACAACGGCUUUUGGAUUCCUUGUUGCGGUGGUGGCGGCCACGGCCGGGGGAUGGAUCGCGUGGUAGGACCGGAACACGCGGCGUGCCUUUUCUCUGUGCCAGGAAAAGCCUUGGGAAGGGUGCGAUUUGACGUGGAGGAAUCUCUGCUUGGCGAUGGACUUUGGUUCCGUCCCAUUMGGGAACAACAACACGGCUUGCAGAAUUCGUGUUCUGCWAGGCUUCCAUUCRUUUGUUUCGUCGUAGAUACUUAGGUAUUCGUUAGARGCGAGCAUCUUUCUUUUUACGAAUCAACCAAUUUUUCUCCC